AUAUUCGUAUCCUUUUCUAUCUCAUGUAUCUCGUUCGCGAACGACUUUCGCGAAACUAUUGUGCGUUGGCCUUAACAACCAUCUUAGUUUUUUAUCUCUUUCUUUUGUAUAUGUCAGAGAAACACGGAAUGAAAACAUGGCCACCACAACAAGGCUCUCACCAGAUGGCGUAUCGCAGUAUUUCAGAUCCCAAUACAAGAUACACGACUUUACACUACACUACACGAUCGUUACACAUUUUUUAAUCUAUUGUAGACGCAGCCUAAGGUGCUUCAACAAUAUUUCUAUAAUAUAGAGGUUAUACCCUAUUCGAUCGUUACGCUUCAAGUAGCAAAUAUUACUAAUUUCCUCAUUUUUUUUUUGUUAUAAACAAAAAUUCCAAAAGAAAAUAGUAAAGCAUAUUUGCAAUUAAAAUUGAAAAUGGAUCCAAAUGAACAAGAUUUAUUAAAUUCUACAGACCUGUUAAACUUUAAUUGGAUAAUUGAAAAAUUCAAUGAACAUGAAGUAUAUUCGUCAAAAUCAUUUAAUAUAGCAGGCAUUCCCAAUGUAAAAUGGUUUAUUAAAAUUUCACCACAAUGCGGAGAUCUAAAUCACAUUUAUAUACCAAAUCACUAUUCUGACCUAAUAGAAAAAAGUGAAAUUCGUGUUUUCAAUAAUAUUUCACAAAAUUAUUUGUUUAAGAAUCCAGUAGAUAUAAAACUUAAACUAGGAAUUGAUUCAAACACAAAUAUAUUUAUCAGGACCACAAAAGAGAUUAAAGAAUUAAAAUUUGUUAUUGGUUAUAGUGAAUUAAUAGAAUUAUGCUCAAAAACCAACAAUGGAUUAUUAUUAUUGCAUGUAAAUCUUAAUAUUCAAGAAGCAAAAAUUAAAACUAAAUCUACUACCUUGACUUCUUCAAGUUGUUGCAAAAAUUUCAAACCUUUUUUCUUGAGCAAUGUACUAAGCGAUUUUGUAUUUCAAAUUGAUGACAAAAAAUUUCCUGUACAUAAAGUAGUACUCGCUUCCGUAAGUCCAGUAUUUGAAAAAAUGUUUUCAGUUCAGAUGAAGGAGAAUAUUACGAAUAUUUGUGAAAUAAAAGAUAUUGAUGCUGAUAUUUUCAUUGAAAUGUUAAACUACAUUUAUAUGGAUAAAAUUACGAAUUUAAAAACACUGGCCUUAGGUCUUUAUGAAUUAUCGAAUAAAUAUUACAUAUCUGAAUUACGAAUAAUUUGUGAACAAUAUCUACAAGAGAAUUUAUCUGUGGAAAAUGUAAUUACUAUUUUGGAACAUGCUGAACUUUAUGAAUCCACAAAUUUAAAGAAAGAAUGCAUUAAAUAUAUUGAUGAAAAUUUUGAAAAAGUCAAAGAAACUGAAAAUUUGCAAAAACUCGGAACAAAAUUAUUAGUCGAAUUAUGCAGUGCAAUGAAAUCUGCUAAAAUUACAUAAACUUUGAAAUUUUGCUUGAUU